ACGCAAAACACAAAUGCUGGUUUAAAAAAUCACCAUAACAACAAAGUUGUAAGAAUAAUACGCUCAUGUCGCCGAAUAACACAAAGACAGACUGCUUCGUUUUCAAUGGUUGCUCGACUCUAGUGUACUGUUGGACGGGUAGACCGGGUAAACGGGUGGCUCGCUCCUUCCAGUCAAUAGCACAACGAAGCGCAUGCGCUGUAAACGUGAGUGAGAGAGAGAAAGACAGAGAGACAGACGGUCGUCUGCUGGCCGAGGUCCUGGUUGCAGUGUGGCCAACACUCAGUCCUCCACUUUCAUGUCAGCCUCUCGCCAUCCCCACAGCUCAGUAUCUUUGGUGUCCAUGGAAACUAGACGGCAACGAAGUUUGUUGCUGUUCGUGAUUCUUGUCGUGGGGUCGCUCCUGCUCCUCGUCUACACUCACACCCCCUUUGUGACGUCAUUUGACGCGCCAGUCGUCGUGGAAGGGAGGCAAAGGGCACGACCUGUUCUAACCAAUGGGAGCCAGCCUUACAUCUGCGCCACGAUCAAAGGCAGGAUCGGCAACGCCCUCUUCUAUUAUGCCGCCAUGUUGGGCCUGAGUCACACCAACAACAUGACCUUAGUCCUGCGUGACGUCAGCGUCCUGCGUCACGUCUUGCAGCGACCUCCGAAGGAAGACGAGAAGUUCGAGGAACUGUGUCAGCACGCGACACGUGUCACAGAGACCACGUGUCAGUCUUUCGAUGAAGGUCUCACGCACCUCGCACGCAACGACGUCUACGUCAUCGCAGCAGGAUCGUGCCUCAUUUCCUGGAAGUACUUUGAACCAAUCAAAAGAGACCUUCCUGAGCUGCUGGCUUUCAAGGAUUCUAUCGUCAGCGAGGCCAGGAGGAUCGUGGGGGACCUGCGGCGUCGGUGGAACACGACGUUGGUGGGCAUGCACGUGCGACGCGACGAUCACACAGGAUUCAUGGCGUACUGGAAAGGCCACAAGCCCGUCACCCCGGACUACCUGCACCGCGCUAUGACGUACUUCCGGGUGCUUCUGGGCUCCGUGCACUUCGUUGUGGCGAGUGACGAACGCGAGUGGUGUCGUCAGCGCCUCACCCAGGGGGUUGAUGACGUCACUAUCCUGACGCCUCGGUCAGCCGAGAUGGACAUGGCAGUGCUGUCCUUGACAGAUCACAUGAUCAUUUCUGUGGGCACGUUCGGGUGGUGGGCGGGGUACCUCAACCCCGGGGUGAAAACCUACAUGCAAGACUUUGUGGUGCCUGGGUCCGAGUUCUCGGGAGUUUUUAAGAGCGUCAGCGCCAGGGACUACUUUUACCCGGGGUGGAUUCCAUUGUAGAAUCAGCUGCAAUCUUCGCGAACAUCAAGAUUGUCUGAAGACUGAAAGUGGCUUGUCUUGUUGUCAAACAGUUGUGACAUAAUGACGAGGUAGUUGAAUGCUGCAUGAUUGCUUAACAGCAGUUUUUUAAAUCUUUGAUUUGCAAAAGUGAUUACGGAAAAUAUUUAUUUCAUUAUUUAAGAAACAUUGCGAAGCCCCGCAAACAAAUAAUGUAGCAGACGUCUGGUGGAGAACACCUGUAAUUCCCGCUGUCCGCAAAGUUUCUUCAUCUCCAAGUCUUGACACAGAUGCGGAGGCCAAAAGACGGGUCGAUUGUGGAGGAAGAAGAGGACUUUAUUCUAGACAGGCUGAACCACUCACUUCGGCACCAGCUGCUAAGCUAUGAGACUACCUCAGCCACUAGACAGCCCUCAUCUCUUAUCUUUUACUGAACGUGUCAGAGACUAUCUUGUGUGGCCUGAGAAAUGGAGUAUUUAUUUUGGAUUCAUAUUGAUUACCAAGGCAGCAAUUUUUUUAAAAAAGAAAAAAGACCCACAAACAGAAAGAAGGAAAAUUGACGCAGAUAUAUUUAUACAUCAACGAUGUGCUACCAACAGGAGGAACUUAUUGCAUUGAAAUAUCCAAUAACAGAUCCGGUAACGGUCGGCAUUUGUUGAUGAGGAUAUCUGAAUACAUUAUUUUAAAGAAAUAGAUAUGUUUUAUAGCAGUAACGGCUUAUUCAUCCGAAAUUCUAGAAAGUCUUGUGUUGGUGAGCGUGUGAGAGUGCGGAUGAGGAUGUUUAUCGGCCUAGUUGCUGUCACUGUUGCCUAGCAACGCUAACAAACUAGUUUACCCAUGCCGCCGACUAUUCUGUUAUCCAAGACGAGAUGAAAUUUGCUUUCCUUAAGUAGUUGUCGGCGGACAUCACAUCCAGUCAUCCAGUUCUUGCCACAUACAUGGAAAGCUGCUUCACAGUCACAUGACUUGCCAAAGACGUAAUCGCUAAAAAUAGCACAAAACAAAAUAACAUCAGUGUUGUAUAUAUUUGAGAUGCCAAGGUUAUAUACGAAACAUAUUUUACUUUCCUCUUGAUCACCCGUUCAUCGUCGCUUUGGUUAAGAAAUCAUGGAUAUAUUGCACUGAAGUGAUUCCAAGUAUUUUUUAAUAAAUUCAUAAGUUGUAUACAGCAAAGUCAAUAGACCAAUAGGCAUAACUGAUAAAAUAAGUUAUCAGGAAAAAAAUACAAGAAAAAAGGAUGCUGCUACAAAAAUGUACUUCCUUGAGUGACAGCAACAUUAGAAACACUUGGUGAUGAUGUUGCUAUGAAGAAAUAGUUCUCUGUAUUCAUGCAACAGUCGCGCGCUGCUUACUCUCGUCAAGACUGUAAAGGUUAUCGCGCCCUGACCUUUCAGAAUGCCAACUAAAUCAAUUUUGUCAUAUGAAAAAUUCAAUAGUAGGAUAAUCAAGGAACUCCACAGUAACAUUCUGUAAAAUAAAUAUCUUUCAAUGUGAAAGGAGAUUCUGAUGCCGAAGGAGCAUCCUCGUUGGAACUAGCGGCACGCAUCGUCUGCGCGAGUUUUCCCGUCCACAACAGUCGCAACAUUUAGCUUGUUGAAGUUGGAAAAUUCACAAGAAGUUGAGCACCUAAAACUGAAAAUGAGAGAGAUGAUGUAGUGAAGGUGACGGAAACCGGGAGGGACCAGAGAAAACCCCUGACAGCAAGUCCUUUGAACAGGUGUCAUAUAUAAUAAAAAAAAUCAAACUGAGCCGAGACCUGAACCCACUGUCUUUUCGUUCUCACUGCAGUGCUGUGCUGUGGCCUUUGUUCCAAGUGAGUGGUUUACUGUACUAGGCCUUCGUGUGAAACAAUGCCAGCUCUAUUCACUGGGUUGAGGCAUGUAGAAUCAGAGAGAGAGAGAUCCGUCAUUCGCAGCAACUGGGCGACGUCAACAACCGACAUUGUCAACACGCAAGUCUUAGUCUCUGUUUCUCCACCACCACCACCAUCACCACGACGACCACCAACACCACGACCUGUGCCAGUCACUGAGACCUCGCCGCGUCUAUUGAUCGUCAAGACUGUGUAUCUACUAAAAUAACUCUCACUACCCGGGCUGCACCCGACAGCACUGGAAUUGGGGGGGGGGGAGUUAGAAAAUUUACAAUCGACAUUCCGUAAACAAAACAACAACAAUGAGGAUAGGCAACUCCUCUGCAGUCCCGUGUAGGUUAUUGCAGGAAACUCAAGAUGUAUGAUGAUGUGAUUGUGUGUGAGAGAGAUAAUCAAGACACCGUUAACGUUUUCUUACCGUUCGAUUUCUUGACUGAACUUAUUCUUUGUUUUCCCUUGCAUUAAAUGCAUUUCAAUUUUAUGACAUGAUGUCUUGCAGGGCACUUGCAGAAGCGCUUGUCAAUAAUAAUAAUAAUUAUGAUAACAACAUAAUGCGCACUAUAAUGACUGUGCACUUUUUAGCCGGCUCCCCGCCCUGGAGGACAAGCUCAGUGUGCUUUACAGAAAGUUGAUUCAUAAUCCAAACAGAUGGAAGGCAUCCACAAAUCUGAUAAAUAUUAUGUGGUUGUGUGCUGCACAAAUAUCCGACUGUUCUCAAUAAAAAAAAAAUAAAAAUAAAAAUAAAAAAAGAAAAUCAGGAGGUACACCUGCCAAUCGGAAUACAAAUGUCGAUCGACGUGAAGGAUAAAACAUACAUGAAGAAGGAAAAACGGCGUCAGCCACAGUAAACAAAUUAAAAUGCAGACCACUCUCAUCUCUGAGUACAGGUAGAUUACAUAUAAAUAUUUUUAUUCUCUUCGUGCCAUCCACAAGGAAUCAGGAAUAAACAACGGGCCAGAACCUGUCGCGAAUUCCUUUGGUCAGACGAUGAGUUGAACACAGGUGAUGACCUAUACCUGUGGUGCUCAAUGUAGCUGGGAAGAUGUGAGAGUAGGCUGAUGAGUGAGUGCACAGAGGUCAAGGAUGGCGUGCAUGUGUGCAAUGUGUACAAUGUUUGUGCGUGCGUCUGUGUGCAAGUGCGUUUCCGUGAACUCUGAGAGUGUGUGAAUGUGUGUAAAUGUGUGUGGCGAUCAAUGAUUUGCUCACUCUGCCUAUUAACAUGAUCCUUUCAGAAAGCUGUGUCUUCCAAUUUUUAUUUUUUUGAUUAUAAGGAGUGGGUCAUCUUCCUACAAUUAGUUUAUUUAUUUUUCACGAUAUGUCUACAUGCUUUCGCAUACAUUUUCUUUUCUCUUUUUCUCUCUCUCUCUUUCCUUUCGUCUUUUAUUUCUAUGCUUUGUCACCAAUGCUGUAUCCAUCACAACACUAGCGUUUUGAUGUCACAGUAUUCUAGUCGCAGUAUAAAAUAAAUAAUCUGGCCACCACCGCCAACUUAAACGUGUUGCUGGGAAAAACUGCUAAAGCGAGGUAACUCCUGG